CAGUUUUCAUGUUUCUCCCGUCGCCUCGCACUUUUAGCCCGUGUCUAAUGGAGGGCCCCGUACGGAUUUGCCACCAGAAGAAUGCGUCUUGCUGCUAACUCACCCGACGGCUCGCAGCUUUUGCCCUCCUGCAAGAGAGGUUUGCUGAACAGACGAAGGUAUUGGUGCCGGGCAACACGGCUGCUGACAGGGUUCAAAGUGCACCAUGGACAGUGGCCUAAGGGUCCUCCUGUCCACUGUGCUGUGUCUCAGCCAGUCUCUGCUUAUCAGCUGCUCAUCUCAAUAUCCUUCCUUUAGCUCUGAGCCCGCCUCCUUGGUUCAGAGUCAAGGCUCUGUAGCUCAUCUGCACUGCUUAGUAAGUCCUCCAUCAGCUGCGGUUUCCUGGCGCUUCAGAGGCCGUCCCCUGGCCCGGGACACCCUCCCUGGCGUGGAGCUCAACAGGGGCUCCCUCACCAUCUCCUCCCUUAAGCCCAGCCAUGUUGGCGUCUACCAGUGUGUGGCACGCUUGGACCACGGGCCGGCCAUCGCCAGUCGCCUGGCGCGUGUGGACAUAGCAGAAAUUUCAGAAUAUGAAGAUGGUCGACGGCGGUCAUUAUCAGUGCAGGAAGGCAGUGCUGUUCUUAUAGAGUGUCCUCUACCGCACAGCGUCCCUCCAGCCCUUCCUAGACUAAGAGUGCGAGGGGAGUGGAUGGAAGAGUCAACAGGUGACUUUUUAGUUCUUCCAUCUGGAAACCUUCAGAUUAUGUCAGCGUCAGUCCAGCACCAGGGCAUGUAUAAAUGUGGUGCCUUCAACCCUGUUACCGGGAAAACCGUGGUGCAGCCUCAUGGCACCAAGCUGUCAGUGAAAGAUUCAGACUCCUCCCCCUCAGUGCGGAUAGUUUACCCCACCGCCCCAAGGACUGUUCUGGUGCAGAAGUCGCAGCCGCUGACGCUGGAAUGUAUCGUGUCUGGUAGCCCUGCACCGGCAGCCAAAUGGUUUAAGUACGGCAAGGAGGUCACACCGGGGCCUUUUCACCAACGGCAGCACAACAACCUGGUCUUUGUGAUGGUGACGAGGAGCGAUGAAGGGAGCUACACCUGUGCUGCUGAGACGGAGCAGGGGACUGUGAUCAGCGCUAACUACACUGUGAAUGUUCUUGAGCCGGCGUCUGUUCUGGAGGGCCUGAACAACCAGCUCGUCUCUCUCGGCUCCUCUGCUCGUUUUACCUGCGUAGCAAGAGGAAACCCCUCCCCGAACAUCACGUGGCUGUUCAACGCUGACCCCAUCACCCCGUCGCAGCGCUUUCAGAUCUCUGGGUCCUCACUCGUUAUUACAGGUGUGACACCGCAGGACGUGGGCGUCUAUCAGUGUCUGCUGGACAACGGCAUUGGGUCGGCACAUUCAUAUGGAACGCUUACAACGCAGUCAGGUUCCCAGCCGGGCUCCACUGCCGCCGUGCUGCUGGAGGCUUCACCAUCUCUCCCGUCCAUGCAAAGCGACGAGGGCCACGACGACGGCGUGGGCGACACAGUCAGCCUGCCAGCUGACAGGAGCGGUGAGCGCCCUACUCCGGAGGCGCCGAUCAUCACCAGCCCGCCGCAGACUCACAAGCCCGACAUGUACGAUCUGGAGUGGAGGGCGGGCCGUGAUGGAGGCAGUCCAAUCAUCGCCUACUUUGUCAAGUACCGUAAGGUCGAUGAAAUGGGAACAGUGGUGGGGAGCUGGCAUACAGUUCGUGUCCCUGGCAGCGAGAAGACCCUGCGGCUGUCGGAGCUGGAGUCCUCCAGUCUCUACGAGGUGCUGAUGGUGGCUCGAAGUUCAGCAGGCGAGGGCCAGCCAGCCAUGCUCACCUUCCGCACCGGCAAGGAGAAGAGCACCUCCUCCAACAAGAAUCCGUCCAAGCCUCCCGUCGUCUCGAUGCCGCCCAAAGCUCCGGAGGACAAAACUCCCAACACACACUUUGGAGUCAUCAUACAUGACAGAGAAGUCUGCACCACUCAAAGUAUGUCCCUUUUUGUCCCAGUGCCGGAGGCCCCCGAUCGCCCAACCAUCUCCAUGGCGACCGAAAGCUCGGUGUAUGUCACCUGGAUCCCGAGGGCGAACGGCGGCUCUCCGAUCACGGCCUUCCGCGUGGAGUACAGGCGCGGCCGCAGCGCAGAGUGGGUUGUGGCUGCGGAUAACAUCUCGCCUCUCAAACUGUCUGUGGAAGUUCGCAACCUGGAGCCUGGCUCCACCUACAAGUUCCGCGUCGUAGCCAUGAACAUGUACGGCGAGAGUCCCCACAGCAUCCCCUCCAAGCCGUAUCAGGUGCCGCAAGCCAGCCCGCGUAUGGCAGACCGCCCCGUGGUCGGACCUCACAUCUCCUCCACGGACGCCAUCAGCGACACACAGAUCAUGCUGCGCUGGACUUACAGUCCCUCGAGUAACAACAACACUCCAAUCCAAGGUUUCUACAUUUACUACCGGCCCACAGACAGCGACAAUGACAGCGACUACAAAAGGGAUGUGGUCGAUGCUAUAAAACAGUGGCACAUGAUUGGACACCUCCAGGCUGAGACCUCCUAUGAUAUCAAGAUGCAGUGCUUUAAUGAUGGGGGAGAGAGCGAGUACAGCAACGUCAUGAUCUGUGAGACUAAAGCACGUCAGUCCCCGGGUUCGCCCAGCCAGCACCCCAUCACCCCACCGGGCCCCCAUCCGCAGGAGCCGCCCAGCCCUCCUGGGGGACUGCUGUACCUGAUUGUGGGCUGUGUUUUGGGAGUGAUGGUGCUCAUCCUGCUGGCUUUUAUUGCCAUGUGCCUGUGGAGGAAUCGCCAGCAGCACAACAUGCACAAGUAUGACCCUCCCGGCUACCUGUACCAGCCAGCAGAGAUGAACGGCCAUGUUCUCGAGUACACCACGCUGCCUGGCGCCAGCCGCAUCAAUGGAGGUGUCCACGGGGGCUAUGGGCACAGCGGCCCCAUGUUACCCCAAGGAUGCCAUCACCUCCACCACAAACUCCCCAAUGGCUUGGCGCUGCUCAACGGCUCCGGUGGCCUGUUCUCACCUGGCCACCCACACGGCCACGAUGGCACCCUGCCCCACAGCACCCGAGACUGCGAGCACUCGCACCCACACCACCACCAUAACGGUGGAGGCAUGUACACAGCUCUUCCCCAAACAGAGUCGUCUGAUUGUAUGAGCUGUCAGAACCUCUGCAACAACAACAGAUGUUACAACAAGACCAAUGGCACUUUCUCCAGUGGCACUCUUCCCCUAAUGCAUCGCGUGGCACCGUGCCAGCAGGACGGGCUGGAGAUGGUGCCUCUGGGCCAGGUUUCAUCGCAGUGCCACGGCCCCGACAGCCAGAUGAACUCUGGUGACCAGGAGGCCGACGCAGGGUACCAGCCAGAUGAGCACAAGGAGUCCUCGCCCUCGCAGCAUUCCUGCUGUCUGGUCGGGAACAAUGAAAACUGUCCAGCAGACAACACUGCUGAGGAGGAGCUGGAGUGCGUGGACACGGAGGGGCCUGUGGUGUGCUGGGAGAGUCUUGGCCUGCCAGACUUGGACUGUGACGAAAAGCCUGGGUGGAUCUCUAGCAGCAGCCUGGCAGGAGAGCUGAUCCAGCCUGGCCCACAGGAGGUCUGAGUGCAGCCCACACACAAACACACUCUCCUGCAGUGUGGAGGGAUUUAGAGCAACCAGGCAGAGAGACAGUUGUGGAAAUACCACAGAGCAAGGAAGAGGAGCAGCGAUAGUCAGAGACACUGCAUGUUACGGUGACAAGGACACAAAACUGUUGAUGGACUGAGCUGAGCGGAGCGACGUGGGAGGAGAGAGACUGAGAGACUGAGAGCAAAGCCAGAUGGAGAGAAACGCAAAGAGAAAAGGGAGCGCUGCUCAAAGACUGAAACUGUAUCCCACUGGAGGGAAGACUCUCAUAAAAGAUCAAAAACUCUUUAGAUGACUUAUUUAUUUUUUGUAGUAGUAAAAUAUUAUUUCAUAUGAAUGUAUCUGUUUUAAAGAAAAAAAGUUUGUCUUUUAUAUUAUUUAUGCCUUUUGGAUGAGAAAAACCUUUUAUUUUUUGUUGUUUCGUCUCUCUGUGUUCCACUGAAGUGUGGAGAUUAGCAAUUGUCUGUGUAAAGUUUUGUAAUAAUAUAAAGAGAAGAUAUGGAAGAGUACACAACAACCUAUUUUCUAUGUCUUUCCUCCCCCGACUGUACGCGCUGCAGCGCCAGAUGAAUGAUUGCCAGAGUGAAUUUCCCGGCCUCGGUUCAAACCCAUCGAUAUUUCUGGCAGGCCUUUGAUGUGGCUCUGUGAUGGGCUGUUCCACCGCAGUGACCCCUGAACAGGGUGAACAUUCCCCUCACUGUUCAGAUUAAGGCUGCUGCUCUUUGCUUCAGUGAAUACUUGAUAGCUCAUCACUUUACGCAAAAUGCACUGUUGCUUCGAGAGGACUGUUGACCUACUGGCCCCAAUCU